CCGUCAGUCAGUCAGUCAGACGCCAACCAGCACCAGAACCGGCCGUGCUGCCUUGGGUAGGUAACCUCCACAACGAAACCACAUUCCACCUACCUGCCUGACCCUUUCGCCGCGUGCGUCGUAUUCGAUAGCUCUCUACGUCUACCCACUCCAUUCGAAUUCCAACCUCCCAAUCGAAGCAAUCCCAAGAUCAUUGCGCAUCAACAACUCAAGGAUGGAUCCCCUCGAGGAGUCGCCAUGGGGCGAUUCGCAACCCACAUCCGAGCCCUCGUCGCAGCCGCCCUCCCAGAAUGAGCAGUCGACGUCGCAGACCUCGGCCAAGUCAGAGUCAGACGCACCCAGCACGGCCACAUCCGCUUCCCGCCCGUCACGAUCGGGUCCCGUCCGCCGACUCGUCUCCGCCCAACCCACGCGCCUCGAGGCCGUCGACGACCCCCUCGGUCCCCUGGGCCCUCUCGGCGCUCCCGCCGCCGCCGCGGACAGCGCCGCCGACGCCAGCCACGAUGCUCCUCCAAUCCCGCCGCAGAAGGAGCAGAUGGUGAUCCGCACCACGAUGUCGUCCCAGCAGGAUCGUCGUUCCGGCCCGGCCGACCCCCACCACAUCGACGACGACGAGUACGACCGACCCUCGGGCCCAAGACAGCCGCCGCCCGUCCAGGCUGCCCACCCAAGUCCCGUGCGGACCCAGACCCAGCCGAGCGUGAGCGUUGAGCAGGCCAGCAAACCUAGCUUCCAGAUCAGCGUGGGAGACCCGCACAAGGUCGGCGACUUGACCAGUUCGCACAUUGUCUACUCUGUGCGGACCAAGACGUCUUCCAAGGCCUACAAGCAGUCCGAGUUCGAGGUAAAGCGCAGAUACCGCGACUUCCUCUGGCUGUACAAUACGCUGCACGGGAACAAUCCCGGCGUCGUUGUCCCGCCUCCGCCGGAGAAGCAGGCCGUCGGCCGCUUCGAGAGUAAUUUUGUCGAAGGGCGCCGGGCUGCCCUGGAGAAGAUGCUGAACAAGACGGCCGCCCAUCCCACCCUGCAGCACGACGCCGACCUGAAGCUCUUCCUCGAGAGUGAGUCGUUCAACGUCGACGUCAAGCACAAGGAGCGGAGGGACCCAAUUCCAGGCGAGAGCAAGGGUGUGCUCGGCAGUCUGGGUAUCAAUGUUGGCAGCAGCAACAAGUUUGUCGAGCAGGACGAUUGGUUCCACGACCGUAAGGUCUACCUCGAUGCGCUCGAGAAUCAGCUCAAAGCCCUGCUAAAGGCGAUGGAGACCAUGGUUGGCCAGCGUAAGAUGAUGGCCGAGGCCGCGGGUGAUUUCUCGGCAUCCCUUCAUGCGCUGUCAACGGUCGAGCUCUCACCUUCGCUGUCAGGGCCUCUCGACGCGCUGUCCGAGCUACAACUCACCAUCCGCGAUGUCUAUGACCGCCAAGCCCAGCAAGAUGUCCUGACAUUUGGCAUCAUCAUCGAGGAGUAUAUUCGUCUCAUCGGGUCCGUCAAGCAGGCCUUCAGUCAAAGGCAAAAGGCCUUCCACUCUUGGCACUCUGCCGAGUCGGAGCUUCAGAAGAAGAAGAGCUCCCAGGACAAGCUCCUGAGGCAAGGCAAGAGCCAACAGGACAGGUUGAACCAGGUCAGUGCCGAGGUCGGUGACGCAGAGAGGAAGGUCCACCAGGCCAGGCUCCUUUUCGAGGACAUGGGUCGUCUGAUGAGGGCUGAGUUGGACCGCUUCGAGCGGGAGAAGGUGGAGGACUUCAAGAGUGGAGUUGAGACUUUCCUGGAGAGCGCGGUCGAGGCACAAAAAGAGUUGAUCGAGAAGUGGGAGACCUUCUUGAUGCAGCUCGACGCUGAGGACGACGAGACCGUCUUUUACCGGCCGCCCGUCAUUCAAUCCUCGGGCAAGCCGCCCGGCGACACGGCCAUUGACCGUGCUCGCGCCACCAUCAACGACGACUCUGACUAGAAGCCCGAGAUGCGGCGCCCGAUGCUUCAUUACAUCAUACCCACGCGUCACAGCAGCGGCUUUAUCUUCGACCCGUCAGCCGAAAGCUGGGACCAUUGAAUGGAGUUGGAACAAGCGCAUGUCGGCGCCUUUUUCUUGGUUGUUGGUUGUUGUUGUUGUUAUUGUUGUACAUAUAUGACAGUAGAAGCAACCCCUGGGGGUAUGAGGGCUCUCCCGUAAUUCGCCUCCCUUCCGACUACGUUUCUCUCUUAUCUCUAUCUAGUCCGGAAGCUGGCGUUCUGAAAAAAUCAAAACCUCAACAGUUUUAGCUUCUUUUCUUUUCCUUAUACACACUCACACACACACACACCAUUUCGUCUGUUGCCAUCGUACAAGGGGUCUCCCUCUUCCUCUCCGCUGCUAUAGUGAUGUGUCGUUUUCGGCAUGCUUCCC